AUGCACUUUCGAUGCACAGUCGCUGUGCAAUGUAAGACACCCAGUGGGUGAUUUGUGCACAGCAGGAUCCCACAAACAGCGUAGAUGGUCCGGUGUUCGUGAUGGUGAAAGGGGAUUAAGCAGCGGCCCGAGGACUCCAGGGAGAGUGCGGCACAGUGGUGCAGCAGUAACCAGGGAGGGGGCGGCACCGUUCUGGGGGACGGAGUGAUUUACUCAGCAAAUGAGCUUCCGUCCGCUGAGGAGCAUAAAAGGGGCCACGGCGAAGGAAAGCAAGACAGAAGAGUUGUAGUAACACGGCCGUGACAGCCUGAGACAAAGUCUGCUGCAGACAGUACUGUGAGCACCGAGCACCGCCUGGCACUGCAUCCCCACUGACCAUGAUGUGCAAGACCUUGCUGUGCCUAGCAACCCUGCUGGUUGCUGCCCCAAGCCCCUCCCUGGCCAUCACUGGACCCCGUCUGGCCAAACUCGGGGGCAACUUUGGGAUCCGCGUCUUCCAGGAAAUCGCCAGGUCUGCCGGCGACCAGAACGUGGUACUCUCCCCCCAUGGCGUGGCAGCGCUGAUGGGGAUGGCGCAACUGGGAGCGGCAGGGAACACGCUUUCCCAGCUGGGGAACACCAUGGGAUACUGGCUGAAAGAUAAUGGUGUGCCUCUGGCACUGAGGCAGCUUCAGAAAAAUCUCACUGCCAAGAGCAACCAGGAUAUCGCACAUGUUGCCAGCUCCGUGUUCGUCCAGCGGGACAUGCAACUGCCAAGGGCUUACAUGAAAAGAUACCAGAAGAUGUUCAACAGCUGGCCAAAGCAGGUGUUCUUCCAGGACAACAAGAAGGCCACCUACAUCAUCAACAAAUGGGUAGACGUGCAAACCCGAGGAAUGAUUCGUGACUUUCUCCACCCGGGCUUGCUGGAUCCCACUGUAACCCGAAUGGUUUUGGUCAACGCCAUCUUCUUCAAGGGCCUGUGGAAAAUGCCGUUCCCCACAGAGGGCACGCACGAGCGGGAAUUCUACAGAGCGGACGGGACCAGGGUCAUGGUGCCCAUGAUGACACAGAUCGCCAAACUGAAUACAGGUGAAUUUGUGAGCCCCAGUGGCAUGGACUACGAUGUCAUCGAGCUGCCCUAUCACGGUGAGACAUUCAGCAUGUACAUUGCGGCCCCGUACCAGAAGAAGGACCCGUUGUCCUCCCUCACGAACAUCAUCACUGUCCAGCUGGUCAACGAGUGGAAGAUGAAGAUGCAAAUCGUCAAGCGCCAAUUUGUCCUGCCCAAAUUUUCCCUGGAGACUGAGACGGAUCUGAAAAAGCCACUGGUUAACAUGGGAAUAAAGGACAUGUUUAAUAACGCGGAGGCAGACUUUACUAAUAUGAGCAAAACCAGAAAGCUGUUUGUGGCACACGCUCUGCAGAAGGUAAAGAUUGAAGCAAACGAGAGUGGAACCAAGGCAUCUGCAGCCACUGCUGCCAUUGUUUAUGAACGAAUGGUUCCACUUGAGGUUGUGAUCGACAGACCCUUCCUAUUCUUGAUCCGACACAACCCUACAGGUACCAUUCUAUUUAUGGGACAAGUUAUGGAACCCUAGAACUAUCACUCUGUAAAGACAAUACUCAGAUAUCAUGUCUGAAAAACCAUAGAGAAGACUGGAAUUAAACUGGCAAAAAAAUUGUACAGCGGGAAGGUUUCAACUCCAUGGAUGAUCAUUCUGUCAUCUGCCACUAAAUCACAUAACCGACAGUGACUCUGGACAUCACUAUCAUCGCUAAGAAAGAAUGGAUUCAUUUCACGCAUUCCUCAAACCUUCCAUCGCAGCACAGCUACCUGCAAGGUCUCAACACCUGCCAUCUGAAUGCGACCUUUCCAAAAUAUUUGCUGUGUCCUUUUGAAAAGUGUCCCGCUAUCUCUUCCUGCCAUGAAGCCCACUUGCAGUGAGUUGUUGACUCUCUCCUACAGCAAAGCUGGAUGCAUUCUAGCCAACUGCUAUACUCCAAUGUCCAUAUUUUAUGGCAUUUUCUUUGAGGACCGGUGCUUCACUGGCUGAUAAGCUAUUCAGAAGUGGGGUCAUUGUUGCAAUGUAGACAAUUUGCACAAGCGAGGUUCCUCAAAGCAGUGAUGAUGAAUUCGACCUGUUGCUUACAUUACUGAGGCAGUCAGAUGGGUAUCCUGCAUGCAUGACACCCCCUGACACUCCAAAGCCUUGCCACAAACGACAGGCCAGGAGUGUGAUGGAAUACUUUCCACUUGCCAAGAUGAGUGCAGCUCCAGCAACACUCAAAGCUUGGCACCACCCAGGACAAAGAGAUUGGCAUCACAUCCACCACAUUCCUUCCUUUACCCCACCAGUACAUAGUGGAUGCAGUGUGUACUAUCCAAAAUGUACUGCCAUUGCUUGCCUAGGCUACUUUGACAUGACUUCCUAAACCUGUAGCCACUACCACCAAUGGGAACAUCAGCCAGCUCUGCAGGCAUCCCCACCAAGUCACAUGACUUGGAAAUCUAUUUCUGUUCCUUCAUUAUCCCUGGGUCUAAAUCCUGAAACCUUCUAUCUAAUGGUAAAGUCAUAGAGUAAUACAGCAUGGCCCUUCGGCCCAACAUGUCCAUGCCAACCAAGAUGCUAGUCCCAUUUGGCCCAUAUCCCUCUAAAUCUUUCCUAUCCAUGUACCUGUCCAAGUGUCUUCCGGUUGGAGCACCUUCACCAGAAGGACUGCAGCUAUUCAAAACCACCGACUUCCCAAGGGCAAUUAGGAAUGGGCAUUAACUGCUGGCUUUGCCAGCAACUCCCACGACCCAUGAAUUGAAUACAUUUAAAAAAAAAUUAAGCUCAGAUAAUCUGUCUUCAUGAGGGACAGAUAUUGACUAUGCAUAUUCAUACCAAAACUAUCAUUCUCUGGCUACUUUCAGCUAACACAAACGCAGCCAUCUCUGCGUGGGCCAGGUAAAAAUUCUUGAACUCUUGGCUGAAAUAAUUACAUACCAGAUGGUGCUCUUACACUUUAGCCCAAUAAGGAAGUUGUUUUGAUUUAAACUGAGCAAACAACUGCAGAACAAUCUCCUGCAGUAUCCCCAAGUACUUGACUGGAACCUCCCUCGUAUCCCCCAGAAGGAUUUUCUUUCCAUGGGCUGCGCUACAGAUCGCAAAUCACAGGCAUUUGCUUGUAUUCUGUGCUCUAUCACACAUUGAAGAGGAUCAUGAGCAAACUGUUCAGUUGCCUCUCCUGUGCUCAGUUUAUAUAAACUUCUGACUGCCUUGGUCUGUUCCCACAUCAGCCAGAAUUAUGGACCGUUGAUUCCCAAGAGCAAUUAGGGAUAGAACAUAGAACAGUACAACACAAUACAGGCCCUUCAGCCCACAAUGUUGUGCCGACCUUUAAACCUUGCUUAAGACUAUCUAACCCCUUCCUCCCACAUGUCCCUCUAUUUUAAAUUCCUCCAUAUGCUUAUUGAGCAAUCUCUUGAAUUUGACCAAUGUACCUGCCUCCACCACCGCCCCAGACAGGGCAUUCCAUGCCCCAACCACUUUCUGGGUAAAAAACCUUCCUCUGAUAUCUCCCUUGAACUUCCCACCCAUUACUUUAAAGCCAUGCCCUUUUGUAUUGAGCAUUGGUGCCCUGGGAAAGAGGUGCUGGCUGUCCACUCUCAAUAUUUUGUACCCCUCUAUCAUGUCUCCUCUCAUCCUCCUUCUCUCCAAAGAGUAAAGCCCUAGCUCCCUUAGUCUCUCCUCAUAAUGCAUGCUCUCUAAACCAGGUAGCAUCCUAGUAAAUCUCCUCUGCAUCCUAGUAAAUCUCCUCUGCACCCUUUCCAAUGCUGCCACAUCCUUCCUAUUAUGGGCAUAAAAUGCUGGGCUUUGUAUUCCAGUUCAGCAGCUAAGGAAGUUAAAUACAAAUAAACAAAUGCAAAAAAAUUGGAACUUAAAAAAAAGCUACCCUAUUACUACUGUUUUGCUGUAUAAACCCUUCUGGUUCACUAAUAACCUUCAGGAAAUCUGCCAUUCUUACUUGGUCUAGCCAAUAUGUGACUCCUGACCCACCAAUUAGGCAAAUGGGGACGGACAAUAAAUGUUGGGAUCGUCACUGAGGUCCAUGCCCUAUGAACAAAAACUAUUUGUUUUGUGAUGACCUGGAGCCACUCCUGUAUUACUUUCCCACACGUGUGUGUGGGCAGGCUGCAGUAUGAGAUGAUCUCCAUGGACCAGUUGUCUGUUUUGCCCGUUGUGAAUGGGUAAAGAAUCUAUCUCCACCCUUAUUUAUUUAUAUAAAUAAAUAUAUAUAUAUCUCCAAAACUUGCACUGUUGCAUUCUAAAAAUGUGUUUGAAAAUAUGAAAAGUCAUAGUUUAGUUUGUAAUAUAUUUUUGGGAUUUAUGUAAUUUAUUUCUCUGAUCUUUGAAGCUUUGUAUUUAGCAAAAAAUACUAUAUUGAUGCGUGGGCUGUGAUCAGUGAUCUGUUGUGGAGUAGCAUUCAAAAUAGAUGAGCAAAUGAAACACUGCAGUGCCGAGCCCACCAUGAGCACAUUCUGGCAACGUGAACGUAAGGUGAAGCAUUCAGCCCUUUGAACCUAUUCUGACAUUUAGGUAGAUCAAGGAUGAUCUGUACCAUGAUUUCAUCAAGUAGCACUGGCUCCUUCAAUGCCCUUGCUGACAAGAUGUGUAUCCAGGCCAAGAAUCCUGGAGACACAGGAGACUGCAGAUGCUGGAAUCUGGAGCAACACACAAAGCGCUGAAGGAGCUCAGUGGGUCAGGCAGCGUCCGUGGAGGGAAGUGGACAAACGUCUGGAUAAAGGGUCUGGACCCAAGAUGUCGACGGUCCAUUUUCUCUUUGUAGAUGCUGCCUGACCUGCUGAGUUCCUCCAGGGGCUCUGUGUGUUGGCCAAGGAUCUUGUUACACUCUUUUAUUCAGUAUCUACUCCCCCAUCUGAGGAAAAAGAAUUCCCUCCAUCCACUCCCUUCAUUUACCUUUAAAAACCUCAGUUUGAUUAAUGCCUCUGUACUCUUGAUCCUAUCAGGAUAUUUGGGCACACCAGUCCAUAUAUUAAGCCAACAGGGUCAAGUGGGGUGAAGAUGCAGGGGAGCACUUUAAAAUCUAGAUUACUACUCUUGAAGAUAAGUUAUAUGGAGAGUUUAUUAAAGCCUUCAUCAGGGAUAAAGAAACAGCAGGCCUCAUCCCUUAUCUCCCAAGACCGUGUCUCAGGCAGACUGACCCAGGAAAAUCCACUCCUUAAUCCUGCAGUCUGGUUCAACAGCCCAGAAUGUGCUGCUGGUUCGACGUCAGGGCACUGCAUAUCUGUUAGGGCAAUGUUAACUUUGAAAAUAUAAAUGGCCCUACAGCAGUUAGAAGGACCAAGCUGAGCAGUUUAUAAGCAUGAGUUUCAUUUACUUACAUCAUCUGUUUGUGUUUGAGAGUAUUUUAUAUUGGUUGAUACGAAUGUACUUUUCAAAUUAUUGUGAAAAUAACAUAUAAUGAAUGGGGGAAUUUGUAUUUUCUGUCUUGUUUUACAUUAAGAAUUGAAAUAAAUCUCUCUUU